AUGGAAGUCGACACGGAGUUAUCGUCCGACGCCCUAGUUCGCCGAAAACGGCCAUAUGGGGGCCUCACUAUUUUUAACUCCGAUUCUGACACGGAGACGGAGACGAGAAUGGCUGCGAAAAGCAAGCCUGCUAUUCGCGGCAAAACUGCCAAAGGUCGUGGCAGUGGCCUCGCUCGGGCUAAGGCUGAGCUGAAGGCUAAGACCAAUGAGGCUAGAGAGGAGGCCUUCGAACGAUCGCUUCGUAGUCGAGCGUUUCGAAAGGAACCUCCUCAGACUGUUUUGGACUCCGAGGAAUCUUCCUCCUCGGAUGUCCACGCCGAGGAUCCUACGAAAAUGGGCGCGGAGGAACUUCGUGCACAGGCGGGCCGAAGCGCAGCCCUCAUUUUAGAGGUGGCACAAAAGUCCUCCAACCUAAAAGGAGGAUUUGGCAAAAAACUGCGGGAGUCGGCGGCUGCACUACAGGCCAUUGUAGAUGCCUUAGCGUCUCGGACAGAAGCCGAGGAAACUCGAAAGCUCCGCGCUGAUAAUGGACGCCUGCGCAAAGAGGUGGACAGCCUUAAGGCUGAGGUGAAGGCUCACCGCCGCGAGUUCGCGGAGAUGCGGACCAAGGUCGCUGUGGUAAAUGAGGCGUCCACCAGCUCCGCACAAGAUGCUCUCACGGUGGAUAAUUUAAAGGCCUCCAUUAUGUCAUCGAUAGGCGUAAUGCUCAACGCCCGAUUUGCCGAAUUAGAGGAGCGCCUCCCUCCUGCAAAAAUACAGCGCCCUCCAUUAGCUGCAGAUAAGAGGCGGGAAUCAGCGCAGCAAAUUGCUGUGACCCACACGCAGGCAGUUCAUUCGGCUCCACCGCCGAAGUCCGCACCUAUGCGGGUGCCACCAGCUGCUCCACCGGCACCCAUCGCUGGCCCUUCAAGCGCCCCGAUCGCGCCGGAGAUGAUUCCGCCACAGAUGGCCCAGGAGAUGUCCUGGUCCACUGUGGUUAAAAAAGGAAAGAAGGGGAAACAGGCUUCCCCUCCAGUUGGUCCAGCUGGAACAAAGACCACGGUGUUUAAGGCACCUCAAGCGGUUAAGCCAAAGCUGACUGCUCCUCGUACAGCUGCAGUGGUGGUUACGCUGCAGCCGGAAGCGGAGCAGAAAGGUGUCACAUAUGCCCAGGUCUUGGAACGCGCUGAGCAAGGCACAAAAUUGCAGGAACUCGGGAUCAAUGGCGGGUUGAAAGUCCGACGCUCGGCGACGGGGGCCAGAGUGCUGGAGCUGCCGAGAGCACAGUCGAGCCAAGUAGAAAAACUAGCCGACAAACUCCGCACAGUGUUGGAUGGGGUGGCCAACGUCGUCCAUCCCAUACGGAAAGUGGACAUAAAGUUGACGGGGCUAGACGACUCCGUCACCAAAGAUAAGAUCAUCGCGGCAGUCGCUCGCGAGGGUAACUGA